GUUGAGGUUACUUGGCAUUCUGGGACACAAACACUGGUUGGGAAUAAAAGCGACAUCAACAGCGGCACGGUCCACCGUGGAGGGGAGGCGACGACACAAACAAGCGUUGACGAGGAGGAGAAGCUGCUUUUCUACGCCCGGUUUAUGGCUCGUGUUCGUUGCUUUGGGGUUCGGGAGAAGCGGCGCUGAGGGCCAACUGAGUGCGGCUCUUUUUUUUWAGUCAGUGGACUUCAUCCACGAAACGAUCUCUGUUUAGCCAACGAAGAUCGUCUUUUAUCGGUCUUGGCAGCUUUUUCUGUCAUUUCAAUCAGCCUCGUCUGGAUGACAGCUCUGAAUAUGGCGAGUGGUAAAGACAGCGACAGCAAAACUUGCACUUUGAAGUCACUGGACUGCCGUAUCACCCAACUAGUUUACCCAAGAUAAACAUUACCACACUGGAUAAAUCAAAAACAAUGGCCAAGAACUUACUUGAUCUUUAUGAUCCUCUCUGUUGGGCUGUCUGGAAACCAGCACAGCUGCCUCCAGGUCAUUUGAGCCCUUCUGCUUGGUCCCCAGAGCUUCCUUGAGGGUCACSAUGUCAGUGUCAGGGGCCACAGCCGUGCAGCUGUUCACCAAGCUUGUGAAGCAUGCAGUGGGCAAGACACAGAUCCAUCUGAACCGCUGGCUGCAGAGGACUGCCACGGAUGACUGUGACAAAAUCGACAUCCUGAUAUGCAACGCUUUCGAUGAGAGAGGCGCUGGUGCUGGGAAGUCAGACGGGGACCCUGAGCUGAUCGCCGACACCGGAGGGGCGACCUUCACCAGCACUGGUGGAGAAUUCAGACACCCCUGUUGCAUCAGCACCUUCUGCUUCAAGAGCGCCCUGCUGGCCUGCAUCCUGACCGCUGUGUGCUUCUCCUCAGUCGCCCUGGUGCGACAGUACCUCAAGGACCUCCUGCUCUGGGUGGAGAGCCUGGACAGCUUGGUGGGAGCCAUGCUCUUCAUAGUGGGUUUGAUUAUCGUGUCAUUUCCAUGUGGAUGGGGGUAUAUCGUGCUCAACGUGGCAGCUGGGUAUCUCUACGGCUUUGUGCUGGGCAUGGGGCUGGUUAUGGUGGGAGUUUUAAUAGGGACGUUUGUGGCUCACCUGGUGUGCAAAAGAUUGUUGAGUGACUGGGUGCUGAGCAAAGUUGGGAACAGUGACCAGCUCAGUGCUGUUAUACGAGUGGUGGAAGGAGGAAGUGGACUCAAAAUUGUGGCCUUAGCAAGACUCACCCCAAUACCGUUUGGGCUUCAAAAUGCAGUUUUUUCGAUCACAGAUGUGUCCUUGCCAAACUACCUGGUGGCCUCCUCCGUGGGUCUGUUGCCCACGCAGCUCCUCAACUCCUACCUGGGAACGACGCUCCGCACCAUGGAGGACGUCAUUGCCGAGCAGAGCGUCAGCGGCUACUUUGUAUUCAGCCUGCAGAUCAUCAUCAGCAUCGGCCUGAUGUUCUACGUGGUCCACCGGGCUCAGGUGGAGCUGAACGCAGCCAUCGCCGCCUGCCAGAUGGAGCUGAAGUCGUCGCACAUGAACGGCUCCUCGGCCAAUCACGGCAGCUUCUCUUACCGCAGCAAGAGGGCAGCGGCUGGCAGCGACGCCUGCAUCAACGUGGUGUGACGUCCCGCCUUCCUCGUGCGCCGGAGGCUCCCACCGACUCAGACUCUCGAACAUAAGACUGUGAGUCCGGAGAGUUCUGGCGGCGCGUUCCGAUCUGCCAUUUGGGAAAACUGAUUUUUUUUUUUUUUAGUUGUUGUAGUUUUAGACCCAUGAGACCACUCACCUGUUGUUGAAACGGUGCAGUGAGAAUAGUUUUGUGGUACAUCAUCGUUUCUUUUCUUUAAUGAAGCAUUUUUUUAUAUCUACUGUUACAGGAGAUGUCAAUGAAGUCCUGAUGUUUAGAAAAUCAUGAUAGGUGGUGUAAAACAYGGCUGCCUGCCGUCUUUAUUCUGAAUGUGCAAUUUGGAGCUUUCUAGAGAACCAAGGAACUGAUUUCUCGUCGCCGACCUAUGCACCUUUAUUCCAUACAGUUCAUUCUGUUCGUGUUUUAUCGUGUUUUCAGGCGACCGUCUUCACUCAGUGCUCAUUUUGAGCGAGCAAAAUAAGGGCAUUAAGAACACGGUUGAAUCAUUUUGCUUCACCUAAUUUUUUUAGGUGUCUUAUUUUUUUAAUUUGUACAGAACACAUCAGCCGACUUGUCCAGAGGUGGUAUUAUUAUUAUUAUU